ACUGUUUAUUCAAAAUCUUAGAUCUCUCGAUCAGAAAUCCCAAAAUCUAAAAAGUUUGAUUCGAUUUUGAUCGUAGUUUCUCUCUCUGAUUUGAUUCAAAUUUCAAUUGGUUCAGAUCGAAGGUGCUGCAGCUUCUGUUCAUUGACGACUAUGCCUCCUCCAGCCAAAUUGAUUAACCACCGCUGCGCCGCUAGCUUCCGACUGCUCUUGGUCCAUUGGCGUCCAGUGGCUUUUUUGUUUUUGCUUUCGUUAUGGUUUUCACCGGCUCCAGCGACUCACCGGUGGUGUGUCCGGACUGGGACAGUGGCUUCAUCGUGGAGAUCGGCAACCCGUCCUGCUCCGUCCAUGUGGAUUCAUGCCGCAAGGGGAGUUCCGCUGCUGCGAUGUACAUGAUCGGAGCCAACAACCGCUCCGGUUUCAAUCAUGAUCUCUGAUGAGAGCUUGGAACUGAUUGCCAAGUAUUUCAAGAAUUUCAAUCUCUUUGUGCUUUCGUCCUGUGAUGGAUUCGGUACCGAUGGCCUUGCCUCCAUUGCGGCUAAUUGCAGGUUCAUCUCUCUGCUGCUUCCGAGUGUUGAGAUUAAUCCGCAAUUCAUAACAUUUACGCAUGUUACUAUGGAGUCCAAUAAGUACACAUGUGUUCGAGAAACAACGCUGCAGAAUAGUAUUGUGAUUAUUGAAAUGAGUGUGCCGAAUCAACGCCGACUUUGCACCUAUGAAUCCAAACUCCUAAAUCCUUGCUUUGAAAGUGAUAAAGUCUCUCUGCAGACUCUGAAGGCGAGUGAUUGGCAUCUUGAAGGAGCAUUUGAUAUAUUCCACAGCCAGCCUCAGAUUCAAGCACAUACUGAUUCUAGACAUUUGGAGAAACUAUACAAUAGAUAUAAAGGCAAGUUAUGUCCUGCCACUUGGUGUUUUCCUGAAUCAAUAUUUUAUCCUUUUGCUGCACCUUCAUAAUAGAUCAAGAAGACCCAGAUGUAAACCAGUUUAUAUUCUCACAAUUGUGCAAUGUCAGUCUAAAUUUGUAUCAAAAUCCUCAUACGAGUUUGGAUUCAGUCCUAAUCCUAUAGUAGCGAUCAUUAUGGAUUUCCAAAACUGUUUUGAACUUUAUUUAAUAAAAGAGAGAUCAAUGGAAUUGAUUUUCAUGAAGUAUUUUCA